AUGAUCUUAUCGAGUCCCGCUGCUCUUGCGACCCCCGUCAACCAUGCGAUGACAAUGGGCAACUCUACCAGCUCCCAGAAAAUCUCGGCUCAGGAUAGAGCAAUCCUCGACUUGAAGAACCAGAGGGAUAAACUCCAUCAAUACCAACGGCGGAUCACUGUCCUCACCGAUCGGGAAACCGCAAUCGCAAAGGAAUGCCUGGCCCGGGAUGAUCGCAAACGUGCGCUCCUGGCUCUGCGCCGCAAGAAAUACCAAGAAUCGCUUCUCGCCAAGACGGACGGGCAACUCGAACAACUUGAACAACUGACCAGUCAGGUGGAGUUUUCCCUCGUCCAGAAGGAUGUCCUGUUUGGCCUGCGGCAAGGUACGCAAGUGCUACAAACCAUCAACAAGGAGAUGGGUGGCAUUGAAGGGGUGGAGAAACUGAUGGGCGAGACGGAGGACGCCAGGGCGUACCAGGAGGAAAUUAGCCAAAUGCUGGCUGGUCAUUUGUCACAUCAGGAUGAAGAUGAGGUCGAGGAUGAAUUGGCGGCAUUGCAGCGCGAAACACAGAAGCCCAUCGAUCUUCCCACUCCUCCCAUAGCGGCUCCUGCCCCAAUCCGACACGAAGAAGGAAACCAACAGACAGAGGCAAAGACACCGGCCAGAAGUGAAGAACGGACCGCAGUUCCAGCUUAA